CCCUGCAGGCUGAGGCGGGACUCGGGCCCGCAGGCGUCACCGCCGCCUCACGUCUCCCCCCGAGAGCCGCCGCUGUGCAGAAGAGGUGCCGGGCGGGGAGCAGACACGGGAGACCAGGGGCGGGAGAGGGACAGAGAGAGGAGACGGGGACAGGUGGAGGCAGGCGUCCCCCGCUCGCCCCUCCCGUUGGCUGUGGCCUGUUUAAAAUGAAGAAGUUUAAUUUCCGAAAAGUUUUGGACGGUUUAACUGCCUCUUCCCCUGGCAGUGGCAGCGGCAGUGGCAGUAACAGCGGUGGGGCUGGAAGUGGCUCGGUGCAUCCAGGAGGGACUGCAGGGGUUCUCAGAGAGGAGAUUCAGGAAAGCCUGACUUCAGACUAUUUCCAGAUUUGCAAGACAGUUCGGCAUGGUUUUCCUUAUCAGCCCACAGCACUGGCCUUUGAUCCAGUCCAGAAAAUCUUGGCUAUUGGAACGAGAACAGGUGCUAUACGAAUCCUUGGGAGGCCUGGUGUUGACUGCCACUGCCAGCACGAAAGUGGUGCGGCUGUCUUGCAGCUCCAGUUCCUGAUCAAUGAGGGCGCUUUGGUUAGUGCAAGUUCAGAUGACACACUUCAUUUGUGGAAUCUGAGACAGAAAAGGCCAGCCAUUCUUCAUUCUCUUAAGUUUAACAGAGAACGAAUUACUUACUGUCAUCUACCUUUCCAGAGUAAAUGGCUCUAUGUUGGAACAGAAAGAGGAAAUACACAUAUUGUAAAUAUUGAAUCUUUCAUUCUUUCUGGAUAUGUCAUCAUGUGGAACAAAGCAAUUGAACUAUCCACCAAGACUCAUCCAGGCCCAGUUGUUCAUUUAAGUGAUAGCCCAAGAGAUGAAGGGAAACUUUUGAUAGGUUAUGAAAAUGGUACUGUAGUAUUCUGGGACUUGAAAUCUAAAAGAGCAGAGCUGAGAGUUUAUUAUGAUGAGGCUAUUCAUUCAAUUGAUUGGCAUCAUGAGGGCAAACAAUUCAUGUGCAGCCAUUCGGAUGGUAGCUUGACUUUAUGGAACCUGAAAAGCCCAAGUCGCCCUUUCCAAACCACAGUUCCACAUGGAAAAAGUCAAAGAGAAGGAAGAAAGUCUGAGCCUUGUAAACCGAUUCUGAAAGUAGAGUACAAAACCUGCAGGAACAGUGAACCAUUUAUAAUAUUCUCUGGUGGGCUGUCAUAUGACAAAGCUUGCAGAAGACCGAGUUUAACCAUCAUGCAUGGAAAAGCAAUUACAGUACUUGAAAUGGACCAUCCUAUUGUUGAAUUUCUAACUUUAUGUGAAACACCUUAUCCAAAUGAAUUUCAAGAACCCUAUGCUGUUGCUGUACUUCUAGAGAAAGAUCUCAUUGUAGUCGAUCUGACACAAACCAAUUUUCCAAUCUUUGAAAAUCCAUACCCAAUGGACAUUCAUGAGUCACCAGUUACAUGCACAGCAUAUUUUGCCGAUUGCCCUCCAGAUUUGAUUCUAGUACUCUAUUCUAUAGGAGUCAAGCAUAAGAAGCAAGGAUACAGUAAUAAGGAAUGGCCAGUAAGUGGAGGAGCUUGGAAUCUUGGAGCACAAACUUACCCAGAAAUUAUUAUUACUGGUCAUGCUGAUGGAUCAAUAAAAUUUUGGGAUGCCUCUGCAAUGACUCUGCAGAUGUUGUACAAGUUAAAAACUUCAAAAGUAUUUGAAAAGCAGAAGGUAGGGGAUGGCAAACAAGCGUGUGAAAUUGUAGAGGAAGAUCCAUUUGCUGUGCAGAUGGUUUACUGGUGUCCAGAGAGCAGAAUAUUUUGUGUAUCAGGAGUCUCUGCAUAUGUCAUAAUUUAUAAAUUCAGCAGACAUGAAAUUACAACAGAAAUUGUGUCAUUAGAGGUACGACUUCAGUGUGAUGUUGAAGAUAUUAUCACCCCUGAGCCAGAAACAAGUCCUCCAUUUCCAGAUCUCUCCUCUCAACUCCCCUCUUCGAGGAGUCUUUCCGGAAGCACCAAUACUGUGUCUAGUGAAGGGGUGACGAAGGACAGCAUCCCGUGCCUCAGUGUUAAAACACGGCCAGUGCGGAUGCCGCCGGGCUAUCAAGCCGAUCUUGUUAUUCAGUUGGUGUGGGUCGAUGGUGAGCCUCCUCAGCAGAUUACCAGCCUUGCUGUAAGCUCAGCGUAUGGAAUAGUCGCAUUUGGAAACUGCACUGGGUUGGUUGUGGUGGAUUUCAUACAGAAGACAGUACUACUAAGUAUGGGAACCAUUGACCUCUAUAGAUCAAGUGACCUGUACCAGCGACAGCCCCGGUCUCCUCGAAAAAACAAGCAGUUCAUUGCAGACAACUUUUGCAUGCGUGGGCUGUCUAACUUUUAUCCUGAUUUAACGAAACGGAUCCGUACUUCCUAUCAGAGCUUAACAGAGCUGAACGAUAGUCCCGUUCCCCUGGAACUUGAGCGCUGCAAGUCUCCCACUUCAGGACUUGCCACCAGAACUCCUGAGGCAGCACCAGGCUUUUAUAGGAAUGAAAUGCCAGCUGGGAGACAGAGGAAUCAAGUACACCACUUGCCAGUCAAAGGAUCAAGAAAGUUAAGUCUGCCAACAGAUCUUAAGGCUGAUCUUGACCAUGUAAAUGGACACUGCACAAGUCCAACCUCUCAGAGUUGCAGUUCUGGAAAACGUCUUUCCAGUGCUGAUGUUUCAAAAGUAAAUCGCUGGGGUCCUGGAAGACCACCAUUUAGAAAGGCACAGUCAGCUGCUUGCAUGGAGAUUUCUUUACCAGUUACAACUGAAGAAGCCAGAGAGAAUUCCUAUAACCGCUCCAGGAGCUCUAGCAUCUCCAGUAUUGACAAAGACUCCAAAGAAGCAGUUACAGCUUUAUACUUCAUGGAAUCCUAUGCGCGGAAGAACGACUCCACCGUUUCGCCUUGUCUGUUUGUUGGAACUAGUCUGGGAAUGGUUUUACUCAUCUCCCUGAACCUACCGUCAUCAGACGAACAAAGGUGUACAGAGCCAGUGAUGGUAUUGCCAAGUGGUUCUCUCCUCUCACUGAAAGGAGCUGUGCUGACAUUUUCCUGCAUGGACAGAAGUGGCAGCUUAAUGCAGCCUCCAUAUGAAGUAUGGAGGGAUCCGAACAACGCAGAGGAAAAUGAGAAAACGUGGAAGAGGAAACUGGUUAUGAACUACUCCAGUGCAUCCCAAGAAACAGGCGACCAUCAGUAUGCAAUAAUCUGCUCAGAGAAACAAGCCAAAGUCUUCUCACUGCCGUCUCAGAGCUGCCUUUAUGUUCACAACAUCACAGAGGCCUCUUUCAUACUGCAAGCAGAGGUGGUGGUCAUGUGUAACAGCGCCUGCUUGGCCUGCUUUUGUGCAAACGGCCAUAUCAUGAUAAUGAGCUUACCUAGCCUUCGCCCAAUGUUGGAUGUAAAUUAUUUGCCACUGACAGACAUGAGGAUAGCACGGACAUUUUGUUUUACUAAUGAAGGCCAAGCGUUAUACCUUGUCUCUCCUACUGAAAUUCAACGGUUAACAUAUAGCCAAGAAAUGUGUGAUAAUAUUCAGGACAUGUUAGGCGAUUUGUUUACUCCCAUUGAGACACCAGAAGCUCAAAAUAGAGGCUUUCUCAAGGGGCUGUUUGGUGGAAGUGGACAGACAUUUGACAGAGAGGAGCUCUUUGGGGAAGCUACAGCGGGGAAAGCAUCCCGCAGCCUUGCACAGCACAUUCCCGGACCAGGUAGUAUAGAAGGGAUGAAAGGCGCGGCCGGAGGGGUGAUGGGAGAGCUGACCCGAGCCCGAAUUGCACUCGAUGAGAGAGGACAGAGGCUGGGGGAGCUGGAGGAGAAGACCGCAGGCAUGAUGACCAGUGCAGAAGCGUUCUCCAAGCAUGCACACGAGUUAAUGCUGAAAUACAAGGAUAAGAAAUGGUACCAGUUCUAACCGUCAAAAGAAGUUGUGACUGCUUUGAGAAUCCAUUAUUCAGGGAAACCAAAUUUAUUCCCAGCAUCACUAUUCAACUGCUAGAAACCAGUUUCUUCCACAAAAUGUUCCAUUAUAGUCCAUCCGAAGUUAUCACACGGAGGCGUAUCAAAGGCAAAGCCGCUGUGCACCUUGGAAGCUGCAACCCUGGUUAAAAUCCCAAGAUAAUGGCUGAAUUUGUCUUUUCCCCAUGUGGAAUGGAUGCUAUCAUCUUGGCAUGUAGUUUGCUAAGAAUUUGUGUUUGGAAACUAUUGGGGAGUCCUUUUGAUUUGAAAUUUCCUGUACAAACAAAAGCAUUAAUGCACUUAAUGAAAAAAAUCUUUGCAUGAUAAAUUAACAUCUUAAGAGGAAAAGAAACCAAAGCAUGUUCUAUCAAAAGAAAAAGGAUUUAUGAUGAACUACUCUUCUGAAUUGGGCCACACCCGACAAUUUAAAAUCUGCAUUAGAAGAUAACCCUGCAUUUCAAGUGGACCUGCCAUACCCAUCCAAAAAGGAAUCCAAACAAACCCAGAGUUUUUUCUUAUCUGAAACCUUCCUUAGUAUAUUAGGACACUACUGAGUUCUCCUAAGCAAGAAUCUGACUAACGUUUUCCUCCCUCCACAGCAUCCACAUCAUCCACAGCUCUCCUUAACCAAGGCUGGCCAGGAUAGCGAAGGACUCCAGCACUCUUACUCCCGUGUCUGUCACCUUCAGGAUGAGUUCCUGCGUUUAGUCAUCAACCGAGCAGGGUUGAUUCACCUCAAAGCAUUUUUUCAGCCUGGUGUAUAGUCUCCAGAGGAGUUGGCGAUAAGUUUGCAGAAACUAGACUAUAGGAAUAAGGCAGUUAGUUUUGAGAACUGAUUUCACAAAGAGUGGAAUUUCACAUACCCCAAUUUCAGUUUCCAAAGCGAUAUAUUUUUAAAGCACCAUUUGUAUCCUUAUCUGCCAGUUACACAGUAUAUUACUGUUCAAACCCAAUAGGGUCUACAAUCCCAAGGUGCUUAUGCAGCCUGACAUUCACAGACCAAACUGGUCCUUCUCGUCGAUGUGAUUCAGUAAAACCUCAGUUAAUGUUUUAGGAAAGAGAUUCUGAGUUAUUACAUUUCUGAUUGAUAAGGGCUUUUAUUAGAAAAUUCUUUGGGGUGCAAUGUUUAUUAAAGGAACCUUUAUGAAACCUAGUGCUAUUUUAGCUAUGUUGGCGAUAGUCACCAUUAUGAAUAACACAAACCCAUAGAUAAUUUAACUAAUUAGAUUGACAAAUUGUCACAGGAAUAUGUUAGUAAAUACCAAACACCUUCUUAAAAUCUCUCAAAAGUAAAGGUCAGCUCUAGCAUGAUAAAAUAAUCUGUUCCAACCCAGCAGAGGAGCGCUACACAGAAAAUAAUGGCAACUCUUACUACUCGCUCUAUUGAACAUGCUUGGAGUCAGAACAUAGGACUCACCUGACAAUGUGUUGCUCCUUUUUAGAACCUUAAAUUAUGUGGUUGAUUUGUUUACUGGCUCUUGGUGGUUUGAGGCCUUGCUGGGUUACAUUGGUGUUUAAAACAUAACCAUUUCUUCCAACUUCACAGACAAAAUUGCCAUUUUUAUUGGUUUUAUAUUUUUUGUUUUGAAGUGGUGCUUUCUUUAAAUUUUUCUUUGCAAUCUUGAAAAGAGAGCAGAGGUGGUUAAAAGAGCUAGAAAAUACACACUAGAGUAGCAUUUCUUAGCCUUGAAUUCUUUUCUUAAAAAACAUCUCUCCAUAAGUCUACCUUCUGCUAUAGUAUUAGCAUAAGAGAACUUGUCUUGGAAAUACAGAAAAUACACACAUUUAUGCAGUAAAAAUAUUAAUGGAAUUUAAGGCCAGGACCUGGAAAACAUUGGCAGCCAAAAUGUAACACACAAUUUAUACUAUCUGUUCUAAGAACCCAAGUUUCUGAUUUUUCUGGAUACUUUAACAUUUCUACAUUAUAAAAUGAUCUAAAAGAAUAAACUAUUUCUUUUGUUUUGAAAUAGUGAAAUUCAACCCAAUGUAGCAUUGAAUUCAAUGACUAUCUCUGAAACUCCCAGGAAUAUUUAACUUGCUUUAGCGAUACAGCUCAGGGUAGAGUGCUUGCCUGCCAUGUUCAAACUCUGGGUUCAAUCCUCAACAACACACACACAAAUUCACUUGUUCUAUAGCAAGAGUUCUCGAUAGCAGCAUCGUUAGUGCAAGUUUUUGUCUAGCAUAUUAUGGGAUGAUAACAGUGCCCUUGACUUCUGCCCUCUAGAUGCCAUUAGAGACCAGCUAGUAAUAACAGUAAAAAGAAAAAAAAAGGACAAAAUUGCUUCCAGUUGAGAGCUACUAUUUUACAUCAUUUAAAGAGAAAGACUGUGAAAUACAUAAUGUAUGUUUCUUUACAGAAAAUAGCAUGCAAUAAGAGCACAUUCUCUUAGCAAGAGAAUUACCACCCAAAAUUAUAUGUGUGAUUCAUACAAUAGAGCUCAAUUUUGAAGAAUCAGUGAACUAACAAUUACAGAGUACUUCAAAGCACACAGAGAAUAUAUCAAAAAGGGACAUCUACAGUGUUUGAUAGACAUGCUUAAAAUUCUGACUUCAACAAAUAAAUCAAAAAGUUUAUAAACAGAGAUCAUUUGGAGUAGGUGCUUCUGCCAUGCUUAAAAAGAACACGUUCACAUGAAUGUUUAAAGCUUACAUGUGCUUACAAAAUUGUUUGCCAAACCCUUUCUUCAUAUAAGAGUAAUUUAUCCCUCAAAUCAAUGAUUAGCAGAAUCUAAAUUAAUGAGGUUUUACUGUAUCAAAAUUAUUUUUAUAAUUCAAAGAGAUAGCAAUAACAAUAAUUUAACCAUGGAUGUGAUUUUUCUCUUUCAACUUUUCUGUUCUGUUGCAUUAGCCUUCACACACACGCACACACAUCACCACCACCACCACCAUUUUGCCAUCAUGGCUCUCCUAGGGAAAUGAGUAGUGUUAUACAUUUAAUCUUCUGCAUUUUCCCAUCUCUCUUCUGUCUUGGAUCAUAUGGAAAACUACCCCCAGAAACUUUAAUAGUGCGCAGAAGGUGGCCCUGAGUCUUGGUUACCAUCUAAUUGCAUUGUGUCUACGAAGCAGCAUCCGAAGACAAGGCUUGCAGAGCACCAUCCGCACAAGGUGACUUUACUUCCGAUCUUUCCUCAACAGAAAAGCCCUCAGUGUUCCAGCAGAAAAUGGACCUUUCCUUCCAUUCACCAAUGAUGUAAUAGAUGUAUGUGUUUCCCUGGUUCUCACAGCAACGUAAGCAAUGAUCCUGUUAGGAAGCCAUCCACUUGUCCCGGAGUUUGGGUGGAGGGCGAUCUCACUUAUUUCAAUCCCCUGAAAGAGUUGUGUGUCUGACUUUGCUUUAUACUUCCCUGAGUCCCCGACUUAGCACUCAGUCUCCAUGGGGACCAUUGUAUGUCGUAUGAGCGAAGCAUCAGUGACAAACUGAGACGAUGUCCAGCAACCCCAUCCUAGAAACAUUUCUCAAGUCUUUUGGAAUUGAUUCUCUAUAAAAUCUAGGUCUCUAACCUUAAAAAGUUUAAAGAGACUUUAAAAAAUGAGGUUCCCUUUUACAUGACCCACCAAUACCAUUUUAAAGGUAUCAUUUACCCAUUAUUUGUGCCAGUUUGAAAAAACAAAAGGUAAGAUUAGGCCCGAGAUUGGUUGAAGACUAAGGUGGGUUCUUUGAGAUACUUGGCUCGCGGGCCUUUGGGUAGAGUGCUAUGAUGAAGCUAGCUGGACAGGAGAACUACUAGGAUAUUUUCCUACAAGCAUCCCUGACCACACUGCUUCACAGAGGGCAGUGACAAAGAAGGCCAGCAUGUCAGAUACAGUCUUGCUGUCUGUGUGUUGGGAAAAAUACCAGCUCCACAGCUUCUUCACCUCCUGUCACUCAGCCUCAUCUUAGGUGGUAGCAUUGCGUAUGCACACUAGUCAGAGAGCCUGAGAUAACUGUCACCAACAUAGGUUGAGCAUUGUCUCUCAUAUGAGAGAUUCUAGGAAGCAUGGCUGAUAAAUCGUUUAGUAUUCCUAUCUACAGACCACGUAGCCCUGGAUGUAAGAACUAAAUAAGGUCUCAUAUAGACACUGAGAAGGUUCAGCGUGAGGGGGUGGUGUCGGGAAGGCCGUGAGAGUCUGAGGGAAGUGAGGUUUUGAUUCGACCACAGCACAGGCAAAGGCCUAUGUUUGUAUCUUUGGUUUGUUAUUUUUUUUUUUUAAGUAUAGCUUUGGCUGUACAUAACAAUCUCUUGAGAAUUUUUAAUUCCCAAUGAUUUGUUCUUAGACUUGGAACAGAACAUCAGUAUUUUUGAGAGCCCUAAAAGCGGGUCUAUGUCCAGCCAAAGUUGCUAAGCGCUGCUCUGUGACCAACUAAGAAAGUCUCGCCUUCCUGGGCUGAUAUUUUAGCCCCUUCUAAGGGUUCGGGAAAGGCAGAAUGUAAGAGACACAGCCUUGUCUUGAUUGGCAUUUAUUCUGUGCCUCUCACAGAACAAAAGUGAGUGCACAUUUCUAGCCAGGCAGCGCCACUAAUUCUUUGUAUCUCUAGAAUAUUAUUCUCUGUGACUUGAUCUUUAGUUAUUUUAAGUCAACAUUGUAAGUUUUGACUGUCUUUUACAUAAGAUACAAGAAAUAUCACUAUAAGUUCAGCAGUACAUAAAGCUAAGUGGUAAAAUUCCCAAUAUCUGGACAAUGAAAAUUCUCAAAAUAAUCACAAAGUCCAUCAGCUCCAAGUUUAUUACGCACCCUUCUUCUGGAGCAGACAUGGUGAACGGCCCCUGCUCAGCUGUGGGUAUCUUACUGGACCUGAUCUCAGCAAACAGGGAGGAUUGUAAGUUGUCUCAACAGCCAGGGCCACUUGGGAAUGUGAGUGAAGGGAAAGUCACCUUCUGGAUACCAGGGCCCUGAAAAAGUGUUCACGCCCCCAGAAAGGACUGGUCCAGCCAGGGGAAGGCAGCCAAUGGAAGGCAAGGACACUCAGAAACUGUUCUGACUGCUCUCCCCUUGUGCCGCUCCCCCUCCUGUCUUGGCCCACCCUUCUCAACUGCAAAGCCAGAAGAUACACUAGGUGGUGGUUUUGGAUAGUUGUACACAGGUUCAAAAUCUCUAAUAACCUAUACUUUUUAGUACUUAAUUAUGUGAUGUUUUAUUCUAGGAAAUAAGAGACAGACAACACCAUUGAUGUAUCUUUCUUUCAUCUUCAGAAUUUUUGCAUCUUUUCAAAAAAAUGACAAAUUACUAUUUUUCUGUUGCAUUCAGCAAUUGUGACUAUACCUAAAAUUCUUGUAGUCUGUAGAGAGAUCAAUAAAAUUGUAUAUGUUU